GACCGUGGACAAGGAAAUAAGCCGUUUUGUGGUCACAAUACAUGCAUUGGUUAUAAAAUAUAUUUGGCUAGCUGGUCACCAGUGAGAUACGGAAUGCUAAACCGCUUGAUCUUGUCUAUUUAGGUGCUGGCAAUAGAUAGCCUAUCCGAAACAGCUGGCUGGACUGUAAUGGAAUUCGCUGCAUAAAAAGUUGCAUCUUCGUGGUAAACACUGUGUUUUACCAAGGGAAAACCGACACGUUUGUAACGCAAUGGCUCCGAUGGGAAUCCGCCUGUCUCCUCUCGGAGGUGCUGUAUUCUUUUUGCUGGGUCUCGGCAUAAUCUACCAUCUUUACUCCGGCGUUAUAUCCAACAGAAUUGCGGCGUUCCGGCAGCGGAGGACCGUGGAUCUGCGGGAGCUGCUCGCCCUGUCGAUCGAGGCUGCGGUCCGAGGCGGCCGCGAAGUGAAGCGCGUCCGGGAGGGCAACACUUUGGAGGAGAAAUCUAAGGGCAAAACCAAGGAGGGGGCGAACGAGAUGCUCACGUCGGGAGACCUUCUCUCUCACAGGAAGAUGUAUCACCUCAUAAAGAACACGUUUCCGUUUUUACAGGUGAAAUCAGAGGAACACGACGACACCGGCGAGGACGAGACAGCCGUCUGGGACCACGUGAUUCCCCCCGACAUACAACUGAUCACCAGUAGCAAAGAGGUGCCGGCAGAGGGCGUCACUGUGUGGAUUGACCCCUUGGACGCCACUCAGGAGUACACAGAGAAUCUUUGCAAGUAUGUCACCACAAUGGUCUGUGUUGCACAGAAUGGUGUGCCUGUUAUAGGUGUUAUCCAUAAGCCUUUCACAGACUACACAGCUUGGGCCAUGGUGGGCGCGGGUUCGAACAUCAGGGCCCGCGCGUCGUACAACGAGAAGUCGCCGAAGGUCAUCGUGUCACGCUCCCAUGCAGGGAAAGUGAAGGGGUUCGUCCAAUCCGCUUUUGGGAACGACACGGUCAUCCUGCCCGCUGGGGGAGCAGGCUACAAGGUCCUCGCCCUCCUGGACCCAACCGAUGAGAAGUACGAGCAGGCGGACGUGUACAUCCACAUCACCUACAUAAAGAAGUGGGACAUAUGCGCAGGGGACGCCAUUUUGAAGGCGCUGGGAGGUCACAUGACCACCCUGAAGGGAGAGGAUAUAGACUACUGGGGCUCCGAGGCCAAUGAUGGCGGGGUUCUGGCCAGCGUUAAUGUGGAUCACGAGGUGCUGCUGGCCAAACUGCCGAGCCAGGACACCCAGAAAAACACUUAAUCCCCUUGGCCCGGGACGGUGUUCUCCCCUGUCAUUAAACUGCUACAGAGAUCUAACGAUGUAACCUGCCGUUAUCCGUAAGAUAAUGCACAGAGUCUCCAGAAGAUGUGUGGUCUUUAACUGAGACGGGUGCCAUCUGAAAGAAAAGUUCUGCAUUGCCAAGCGGUGUGCCUUGAGGUAGUUUGGUGUGUGGGUUAAGUUCGAAGGCCUCAGACUUGCAGAACACUCCUGUCUGAAAAUGUCAUUAUGUCGGACACUUUAGAACAUUGCUAUUGGUUGUCCGACAUGCUUUUAAAUGAGUGUGAUUUGGCAGGAGUUGGUGGAGGUUGAACUAUUAAAAAAAGGCUACUGAGUGCUGUUAGUUCCUGCUGUAUUUCGAUGCUUUUGAGGUAGGUGUUGGUUAUUCAGGGUAUUUUAAAGGGACAGAUUGGGGUGGUGAUGUAUACAGUACCUGCCCUUAUGAGCUCAGGUGAAGAAGAAUCCCUCAGUUUGCCAGAUUGAAGAAGAUGUUUAUACAUAAACUCCUACUUUUAUUGAUAUCCACAAGUGGGGUGGCAGUGUACUCUUUAGUGUACUUGCACACUGACCCCACCACAGAUACGCAGUUAAAUUCUGACCCCUGAGAGCUCUGAUGUGUGGUGGCAGAUUAGUCAGGCUCUUUGUAAAUAGUAUCAUCUGAAAAAAAUUCUAUUUAAAAAGAGCAGAAUGCUACUGAAGCUGGGUCUGAACUAUAGAUGCUGUAUGAUCUGCCAUGAAGCAGGGUGAUUGUCUACAAAUCUGAGAUGUUUGAUAAUAAUAGUAAUAAUAAAAAUAAACAAUAAUAUGAUGGCUAACAUUGCCUGGGGUGAAGGAUUCUGUAAUAAUGCACUCACUGUGAUAACUACACUGAAAAACUGUGCAUUUUCGUAUGGAUUAUUUGCGUACGAAUUUGUCUUGUGAAUUUGUGUGAACUGCACUUUUUCGGGCAUCGCACACAGCUCUGUUCGUCCAUUGUGCCUACCUUUUGCGUGUUUUAAACAAAGUGGAUGCAUGACAGUGGUGAAUGGAUGAUUUUUUUAAAAAACAGAUAUACCUUUUCAGGUGUGAAUUUAUGGUUUCUGUCGUGUCUACAAGCUCCACCAUACCGCAUGAUCCAUAAAGAUGUGUCUAACCUGGACUGCUCCCAUUAGGCUGAAAGGAUGCCUUCUACUGUCGGAUGAUUAAAGAUGUACAAUUUUAUUUCUGAACCGAAGAGUAUGUGUUUUUAUUGAGGGAAGAAAAGUAAUGGGUAUGUGGGUGAGAAAAGUAAUGGGUAGUGAUGAGAACAGCAGAUGUAACAGCUCUCAUUGCGAUAACAACCUUGUGAUGGUUUCAGCUUCCUGUUGAAAUGUGAUCAUUGUCCAAUUAAAAAAUGCAAAAAUGUAUUUUGUCUGGG